AAAUUGGUGAACAUUACAAGGAUGGUUCCAAAAGGAAUUUGCGUCUUCCAAAAUUUAACAAAACUCCAUGUUUUUCGUUGUGAGAGCUUAAGAUACUUAUUUUCGCAUUCUAUAGUUAACUCACUUGUGGCCCUAGAAUAUUUAUCAAUUAAUUAUUGCAAAGCACUGGAAGAAAUCAUUGGAAGAGAAGAAGAAGAAAACACUUCAGAGACAAGAAACAUUGUCAUGGAUGCAAACACUCCAUCAAACCUCCAUCACUUCACACAAGUUGUUGCAAUGGAUGCAAAACGAAAUGGAGUUAUCGAUAUGCUUGAGUUCCCAAAACUAAAACGCCUCGUGCUUAAUGAUUUAAGCAAUUUUAAAAGCUUCAGAUCUGAAUCAAACAACGAUGGCAUUAUUCGAACUUUGUUCAACCAGGUUACAUUGCCUAACAUGGAGAAGCUACGCAUUUGGGGAUUGCAGUAUAUAGUAAAGUUAGUGAACAUGAGGGCAGAGAAUUCGAGUAAAUCAUUACAAAAUCUUAAAAGACUUGAUGUAAAAGACUGUAAGUCACUGGAAGUGCUGUUUGACUUUGAAUGUCUAACAAUUCCAAAAGAUCAUCGUGUCUUUGAGAAUUUGACAUCAAUUGUUGUUAAAGGUUGUGGUAUCUUAAAGUACCUAUUCUCACCUUCAAUGGCCUAUUCUCUUGUGGCUCUGAACAUUCUAGAGGUUUCAAAUUGUGAAUCAAUUAAAGCGAUUGUUGGAAAAGAAGAAAAAGGCACUUCAGAGAUCCAAAUAGUUGAAGCAAUGAAAACUAGAGUUGUGUUUCCUAAGUUGGACCGUCUACUACUCAGGAAUCUUUCAAGUAUUCAAAUGUUUUGCUCUCAGAACUGUGAACUUGAGUUCCCUUUAUUGGAGGACUUGAUCAUUGAAAAUUGCCGUAUGAUGAGAAAAUUGAGUCCAUGGCCAGUAAUUGCACCAAAGCUUGAUAUUUCCGAUUUGUUAGAUAAGGCAGGCAGCUUGGAAGAUUAGGAUCAAUUGUGUGACAAAUAAAAAUUACUUGAGAAAUAUGAAGUUCUUUAUUUCCUAGGUAUAAAUCCUGAUGAAAUUAUUUCUUAUCUAUAAAAUAUCUAUUUAAAUUCUA